GUUCAUACACCCAAGCCCUUACACCGAGUUACUCCGCAUACCCCGCAUGCUCUAUAUCUGUCGUUCCCAUACCCUACAUCUGUCUUUCCCCAUGUUCUCUGCAGACGAUGUCUUCCAGUCUUGAGCAACAGCUUACUGCGAGGAUGCCCCCUGACCGCCAGCCCGCGCGGACACAAUAGUGGAACCGGUACUCUGGUAGGCAAGCUCCUGAACCACCCAUGGGGGAAGAUGCGGGCUGAGAAGAAAACACGGCUCGGCCACUGGCCAGACUCGCCAUUCUCGCGGGCCAGACGGGGUACGUCCUGAUGGAUGGGGAUGUGGAGCAGGAGAGAGCAAAGGACGAGGACGGUCAGCGAUUCCGGCAACCCGAUUUUGGCGAUGCACUAGGCCCUGGAGGCGAGGGGGAGGCUGUGACGAUGGCAGGACUUGCAAGUCUCGUGCAACAGCAGUUGGCCCCUAUGACCUCCGUUGUCGAGGACCUGCGGAAGCGGAUCACGAAGGUGGACACGACUGUCGCGAAUUUGGCCACUUCCCUGACGAGCCGCCUGGAGGACGUAGAGACGAGUCUCACAUCGACCGACAUCCGUGUCGAAAAGUGUGAGGCCCCGAUCGGGAAGGUGAGCGAGCGGAACACCCCAACCAUGGAUGAUAUCGAGGUCAAGAUCAGAGAGUACCUCCAGCUGGCGGCGACGCACGGUACCUUCAAGCAAGGGCCCGUCGCGAACAAGCGGACGGUGACGGCAGUCUUUGGGAGCCUUACCUGCUUCGACACUCUCGAGAUCGCCACGGCCUGUCUCAAGGACCAGCUGCGCUUACCCAACGCGCCGCCCUCGACUAAGGUGUACAGCAAGGGCGCUUUCAAGGGCCUCAUCUUCCCAGAGUUCGGCGACGUGAGCUCUCGGAACCGUGCUGUGGACCCGCUCCAGGACACUGGGCUCACGAGACUGGACAAGCGCAUGUGCCGUCGCAGGACCGCACACACAUCGACAUCAGUGAUACAUCACUUUACGUGCUGACCGUGGGUGGAGAGCACGCGCUAACAGUGUACGUGAAGAGUGACGACGUGGAGCACGAGUGGCAGGGCGAGUGGGCCACGUGGCAACAGCUCCACGAUCACCCUCACAUCAGGGAGCUUGGCGCGACGUGCCGCGACCUCUUGGCCAAGGCGUCCGCCGGCAUGAAGGGCGUGGCGAAGGGCGCAGGCAAGGAUGGCGCCAAGGGGCGCCAGGCCUGCUAGGGGCCACCGCACAUGAGCAAUGUUUCAACAACUUCACCCGUUGAUGGUAUCACUACGGUUCCAGGUGCGGAGUUCAGAACUCAAGAUUGCGAUCUCCCGACCAUCCUUCCUGCUGCUGGCGGCGCGGCGGAGGCCUCCCUGUUUCGAGGUGGUGCUCUCCUUCCUUGCGAGAGUCGGCUUCGCAUGCCAAGCUGGAACAUUGAGGCCCUCACGGAGGAUAUCAGAGGGAUCUGUGUAUCGAUGCUUGCUGUCAAUAAGACGCAUUUGUCGGGCUUCACACAUUACAUCACAGGCACGGUUGUUUGUUCUCCAUCUUCUGGCACAUUGCAAGGGAGGGUGCCACAGACAGCCGGCUCUGGGUUCCUGAGCAGCCCCAACCUGAGGCAGAGCAUCGCGGGGUUCCACCAGCAGACGUGGAUCAUUUCAUCAUUGAAGCUGCGCGUGCGCGGGGGCGGGGCCGCAGUGCGCAGCAUCAGCGUCCCUCUCAAUUUCAAGCCAGGGCCAGAGUGGUGGAAGUUCUCCGACGAUUCGGCCGGAUGUUUGGCUUCUCUCUCUCGAGGCAUGGCCCGUUUCUAGUACUUUGAGAUUCAAAUGCGCGGCGGCGCAGGCGAUGCCCGCAAGAGGGAAAUAGCAUGGACCCCUGCAUCUGUGGCUCUCCUAUAACAUAGUUUAGCGCCGCGGCCAACGCGAGCCUUUUCGCAGAGUUUCGCGCGAAGCAACACCUCAUAAUUAGAACCUUGUUUUUCGAUGUGCCAGCGGAGAACCACAUCGCGUGCGAAAGCGCGGGCAAGUCUGCCAAGGACUUG